AUGCCGCGGCCGAACGGGGAUCGCGGUGAGGUUACAGUGCAAACUGGAGAUCUGCUGCCAUGUAGGAUUUGUGGAAGGACUUUCUUUCCAGCAGCACUGAAAAAGCAUGGACCCAUUUGCCAAAAAACUUCUGCCAAGAAAAGGAAGACAUUUGAUUCCAGCCGUCAGAGAGCGGAAGGAACUGACAUUCCCACAGUAAAACCUCUUAAGCCACGGCCAGAACCACCCAAAAAACCUUCCAACUGGAGGCGAAAGCACGAGGAAUUUAUAGCAACUAUACGAGCAGCCAAAGGACUUAAUCUUAAAGACGGUGGAAAACUCCCUCCACCGCCUCCGCCAUCAUAUGACCCAGAUUACAUUCAGUGUCCAUAUUGUCAGAGGAGAUUUAACGAAAAUGCAGCUGACAGACACAUCAAUUUCUGUAAGGAACAAGCAGCACGUAUUACUAACAAGGGGAAAUUGGCAGCUGAUACCAAAGGGAAGCUUCCUACUCGAACACAGUACAAACCUGCUGCAGUUAAGAAGAUGCCUUCUGUAGGAUCAACACCAUCAUCAUCAUCACGCUUACCACAGCCAAGUGGUAUUAGCAAAACUGUUGUAGGUGCCUCUUCAAGUAAAGUACUAUCUUCAUCUGGAUCCAGUGGGAGCAAACUUCAGACAUUAUCACCAGCUCAUAAAAACUCAAUGGGAAUGGUGAACCCACAAGCAGGUAGUAAGAUGGACAAGUUAGGCCCACCACUGCGAACUGGAAGAGAUGUGCAAAGGUUUUAUGACACUGAUACAAAAACAGACAGUACCGUCAAAAGACCAAAUGAGUUGUUGCCUAUAAAGAAAGGCACAACAAAAACACGGACAUCGACUCCUCCUAGUGUGGCAAGAACCAUGAGCACGGGUGCUCUAACAAACAAAAGAAAAACUAGCAAUUCAGACAGUUACUCAAGGUCUGACGGUAAAAUUGGGUAUGACAGUGGAGACUACCCAUCCUCAGUCAAUGGAGGAAGUUCAAAAAGCAGUGAAGGAAAUUCACCUGUACAGUUAUCAAAGUUCUGCCAUGAAUGUGGAACAAGGUAUCCAGUGGAAUGGGCGAAGUUUUGCUGUGAGUGUGGAAUUCGAAGAAUGGUUGUGUGAACACAUUCUUAAAAGCAAAAAGAAAAUGAGAAAUCAUCGGAAGCGUCUGCUGUGUACUGCUGCAUGGAAAGCUAGAGCACUCCUUCCAGUUAGACUUCAUGCUGCAAAUGUGUUGAAACAUCAUAUUGUGAUUUUCUGAGUGCAAUCUUCUGGUUACACACUUAUUUAUAAACAAAUAUAUAUACUGUAUAUAAAAAUAGCAGGUACCUAAAACUCUGCCAUUCAAGGAAAUACUCUUUAAUCUCUGUUGGAAAUAUUUAAAAUUAAGGUAAAAAUGUGUUAAGUAGCUUAGGUAGCAGAAGUGGUUCAAUGUUAUUUUUCAUGUAAAUCCUACUAGAUAAAGGAUUAUUUAAAUCACUUAUGUAGGAUAAUACUUGUCCAUAGGGAACUAGCCAUGAAGAACUUGGCCUUCAAAAGUUUCUCUGUGGAGGCAUUUCCUUCAUAUGUGACAGUAAAUUAGAUGCUGUGUUCUAAGUGAAAACAACAUGAGCAACUCCUUAUAAAUUCCUAGUUAAAAGUGCAAAAAAUCUGGAUCCUUUUAAACUCUUCAACGGUAGUAUCCUAAUUGGACUUUACAGUUACUUCCUAGGAUUUUUUUAAAGAAUCAAAGUGGAAGAACUACCUGAGAGUUCUGUUCACGUGUAAGAAAAGCAAGAUUUUUGUUUGUGGCUUUCCAUGUUCUGUUUUCCAAUAAGAACGUGUUAAUAUUUUAAUGUAUUUAUAAGGACAAAUAUAGUACUGUCAUUUUAUUAAGUUCUUUUUGUUCAGAAAUACUUGUCUUCUUCCUCCUGUUCUCCACCAUGACUAGCAUAUCUAAAAGUUUUGUGCUUUUUGUCUUUAAAGGUUUCCAAAGCUCCCGCUCCUUUUUUCUCUUCCCUCAUUUCCUGAAGGAGAGACAAAGUCUAUGCUUAUCCUACCUAAAUGUUGAACUCUUACUUUGAAAACAGCCUUUGUGAUGUAUCCACUACAAAAAAAGAGUUCCAUAAAAAUGUAUGUUGUUAGAGCAGUAGAACUUGAUGUAAGUAGUGACUGUUUUUUAUUCUUACUCCUGUGCAAAUAGCACAGCUUACAUAUACGUGCAGAAUGGAGUAACUGUGCUCCAUAGGUUUAUAUGUUAAUACCUUUACACGUUUUUUUGCAAUUUUGUGUAUUUUUGGGCUCUGAACAGCAGCCUCUUGAAGUUAGUAACAGACUUUGCAUUAAUUGGUUGGGAAGAAGGGUCAGGCCCUGGAAGUUGUUGGGUUUUUUAUAAAUUACACAGGAUAUUAAAAUCAUUCACAAGCCGAAUCACUUAUAUUGUAUCUGAAUGUAGUAAUUUGUUUUGUGAAGUUUUGCUUUGAAGUACUGGCACCAUCUUAGUUAUGUGUGAAAGAACAAUCUGAAAGAACUUAAUUGUGCCUUUCCCACAAUAAAUACACUCUUUUUGUCAGAAAUGCUUAUUUUCAGCUCACAAACACCACUAGUAUAAACUCAUAUAAUUUGUUUGUAGCUUAUGCAAAAUAUAAUGUAAUGUUCCAGAUAGUUUUAUGGGCACUGCAUUCUCAAAACUUGUGAUUACUAUCAAUGGGGCCAAUUCUGAAGAAAGCAUGAUUGAAGAAAAGCAUCUCCAAAGCAGCUACCAGUCUUGGAGGAUGAGAGAUUUAAGAGACUUGAUGUAUUCAUGUUGCAGGCUACAAACUGUUGAUGUUUUAGAAUUAGUUCAAUGGUCUGCAAU